AUGAAAAAGUUGAGCUAUGGAUUUCUGUUAUUGCUCCUUCAUAUCCUGAGAGCUGUUAUGGCACAAGAGGAGAAGAUCAUUGUCAGUAAACUUGGAGACAACGCUACACUGAGUUGCAUUUAUCGAGGAAGAGAGUUGCACCUAAGAAAUCUACGGGUAUAUUGGCAAAUAGCUGAUGAUCAAGAAGAGUGUUCAGUUGUACAUGUAAUGAUCUCUGGUCAAGACAACGAAAGUGAACAGUGCAUUCACUUUAAAAACAGGACUCAAUUAUUCUGGGAUAGACUGGAAAAGGGUGAUUUUUCUCUGCUACUACUGAACGUCAGCCAGAGUGACGAACGUACAUACAAAUGUGUAGUACUGCAGAAAACUGAAUAUACCCAACUGAUUCACCAGGCAGAAGUGGUUCUCAGUUUAGCAGCUAGUUAUAGCCAACCAAUACUCAGUGGACCGAUAAGAAACAGUGGCAGCACUGAAGAGGAGGUGACUUUCAGCUGCAGGUCUGGAAAUGGAUACCCAGAGCCCAACGUUUAUUGGAUAAAUAAAACAGACAACAGCCACCUGCCUCCAUCAGAGCUAGAAAUCACCCCCCACGCCGAUGGCACUUACAGCGUUUUUAGCACAUUGAAGGUUAAAGCCACUUCUAACAUGCAAAUAGAGUGCUCCGUAGAAAAUAAAAUACUGCGGGAAAAUCUGUCGGCCAACUACACACAGCAGAAGCAAAGCAAUGGAUCUAGCACAGAAAGUCACAAAAACCUGGAGAAAAAAGGACGAGGUGCUCAAGCAGCUGGCAUCAUUUCCAUUGUCAUUGUGAUAGGACUUCUAGCUGCUUUAUCCUGCUGGCUGUGGAGACGGAGGUCCUCUAAACUAGUGUCCUACACAGAGUGCUCCUUCAUCAAGUUUGCUGAUGACACAAAACUGGGAAGUGUGGCUGACAAGUCAGAGGGUCAUGUUGCCGUCCAAAGGGACCUCAACAGGAUGGAAAAGUUGGCUGACAGAAACUUCAGGAAGUUCAACAGGGAGAAUUGCAAAGUCCUGCGCCUGGGCAAGAACAAGGAGAAGUGCAAAAUCCUGCACCACUACAUGCUGGGGGUCACCCAGCGUGAAAGCAGCUUUGCAGAAGGUCAACCAGAGACAACAUGCCAUGCAUUUGCUGGAGAAACCGUAAUUUUGCCAUGCACCACUACUUCUCCUGGAGAGCUGAUCCUUUCCAAAUCAAUGCUCUACUGGCAGAUAGACUCUGUCUUAGUGCACUUUUUUCACAACGGGCAGGAUUCACUGGAUUCCCAGGACAAACAUUACCAUGGCAGAACCAGUCUUUUUUUGGACCAGGUGAAGCAUGGCAACUUUUCCUUAAGGCUCUCCAAUGUCCAGUUACAGGAUGCAGCUGUAUAUACUUGCAUCUACAAACAGUCUGGGGAUCAUCCCAACGAAACACAGAAAUCUAAAAUUAAACUCAUUGUGUCAGGAACAGAAGAGUUUACUGCAUUGUUUGCACUGGAGUCUGUGAAGGAGGAUUAG